AUGGAGAAGUUUCUUGUGAAAUUUAACCAUUCUCAAGCAAGUUCUAGUACGAAUGUCAAUCCUUCUAGUCUUAUAGAUGACCUUAAUUUAGAUUCACUUGAAGCCGAUCCAGGAAAAAGGGUACCAAUUGCUCACUAUAACCCUCAAAUAAAGGAUGAAGUGAGGAAACAUUAUAUUCAAAAAGGGCCUUGUCAACCAAAAAUGGAUUCAUAUCCUCCAACUGAAAUUGGAAAAAGAAUGCGUCAAUUUUGUAAAAUUUGGUUUGAAGGUCCAUAUUCUAAAUGGUUGGAGUAUAGCGUGGAGAAAGAUUCUGUCUAUUGUCUAUGUUGUUAUUUAUUCAAAGAUGAUUUUUUCCAUGGAAGUACAAGUGAGUUUUACACAAAAACGGGUUUUAGGAGUUGGAAUAGGGCACUUGAAAGAUUCUGUAAACAUGUUGGUGAUGUUAAUAGUAUUCAUGACAAAUGUUUCAACAAGAUGCUAGAUUUGUCAAAUCAUCAUCAAUCAAUUCAAGUUGUUAUUGAUAAGCAUUCUCAAAAGUUAAAAAAUGAGUAUCGAAUGCGUUUGGAAGCCUCAAUUGAUGUGUCAAGACUUCUUUUGCAAUAUGGAUUACCUUUUCGAGGUCACGAUGAAAGUGAAUCUUCAAUUAAUCAAGACUUCUUUCUAGGAUUUUUGCGAUGGCUCGGGGACAAACAUCCGGAUGUUGGAAAAGUGAUAUUGGAAAAUGCCCCACAAAAUGAUAUGUUGACUUGUCCUAUGAUUCAAAAAGAUAUUGUCAAUGUUUGUGCAAAAGAAACAUUGAAAGCAAUAAUUGGGGACUUGAAUGGAGAUUACUUUGGUAUAUUAGUUGAUGAGUCAAAAGACAUCUCUCACAAAGAACAAAUGACUCUUGUUUUGCGUUUUGUUAAUAAGAAUGGUGAAGUAGUUGAACGAAUUAUCGGUCUUGUCCAUGUUAGUGAUACAUUGGCAUGUUCAUUGAAGAAAGCGAUUUAUUUUUUGCUUUCCGUUCACUCACUAAGUCCAUCCAAAAUACAUGGACAAGGUUAUGAUGGGGCAAGUAAUAUGAAAGGAGAGAUAAAUGGGCCCAAAACUUUGAUUAUGAAAGAUAGUCCAUCGGCAUAUUACAUUCAUUGUUUUGCUCAUCAAUUGCAACUAACACUAGUGGCUAUUGCUAAAAAACAUUUAAAUGUUGAAGACUUUUUUGAUCAUGUUAGUAAUGUGUUGAAUGUUGUUGGAGGAUCUUUCAAGCGUAGAGACUUACUUCGUGAUCACCAAGCCAAAAAGUUAGAGCAAUUAUUUGAAUCCGGUGAAGUUCAAAAAGGCCAAGAAUUACAUCAAGAACGUGGGCUUCAAAGACCAGGUGAUACUUGUUGGGGAUCACAUUUCAAAACUUUAGGUAACUUUAUUGUUAUUUUCUCAUCUAUUGUUCAUGUUCUUGAAGUGAUUGAACUUGAAGGGUCCACAUCAAGUGAUAGAAAUCAAGCGGAGUAUCUUUUGACAAAGAUUAAAACAUUUAAAUUUAUUUUUGUGCUUCACUUGAUGUUGAAAGUGUUGGCAAUGUCAAAUGAGUUGAGUAAGAUUUUACAAAAAAAAGAUCAAGCUAUUGUUAAUGCCGUGGAGUUUCUUAAUAUUACAAAGAAAAGAUUGCAAGAUAUGAGGGAAAAUGGUUGGGAAUCUUUGUUGGAUGAUGUUUCCUCAUUUUGUGAUGUGCAUGAUAUCUUGAUUCUCAAGUUGGAUAAGUAUUAUUUUUCCGGAAAGUCAAAACGUAAGUCUUCGGGUGUUAGUUAUGCGCACCACUUGCGUGUUGAAGUCUUUUUUGUUGUCAUUGAUGUGCAACUUCAAGAACUUAAUGACCGUUUUGAUGUAGUGAGUAGUGAUUUGCUUCUUGGGAUGGGUAGCUUGAAUCCGGUCAAUUCUUUCUCUAAUUUUGAUAAAGGUGUUGAAGUUAUCCAGAAUGAUAAUGGAUUGACUCUCACACAAAGUAGCUUCAUUGCGGACAUACUCAGCAAGUUCAAUAUGCUGGAUGCAAACAGUGUGAGCACUCCUCUGUCCACAAGUGAAAUUUUAUCCUUGGAUGACGGUUCUCCUUCGGCAGACGCUACACUUUAUAGGCAAGUCAUUGGAUCAUUGCAAUACCUCACUUUUACACGGCCUGAUAUAUGCUUUGCGAUAAACAAGCUCGCUCAAUUCCAACACUCUCCAUCAACUAAGCAUUGUUGGUGCUCCAACAAGCAACGCAUUGUUGCCAGAUCUUCAACAGAAGCGGUAUACAGGGUUGUAGCAAGUGUUGUAGCUGAGCUAAAUUGGCUAACCAACCUACUGCAAGAACUUCGGGUCAAGCUGCCUUGUCCCCCUAAGGUCUUUUGCGAUAACAUUGGUGUCACUUACAUGUGCCGUAAUCCAGUCUUUCACAGUCGAAUGAAACAUGUUGCAAUUGACUUUCAUUUUGUCCGUGACCAAGUGGAAAGUGGAAAAUUUUCAGUUCAUCACAUUCCAACAGGAGCUCAACUAGCAGAUGCCUUAACUAAAGCACUUCCCAAAAGGUCCUUUGUCCACCUUGUUAGCAACAUCGGUCUCAAGCAAAUUGAGCCGAUGUUGUGGGGGCAUGAUAAGGAUAAGGAUAUAGAGUCCUAG